CCGUCUGCCCACACCACGCCGACCACACAGAGGACGCCGACUACACAGACCACGCCGACCACACCGUCUACACAGACCACGCCGUCUGCACAGACCACGCCGACUACACAGACCUCGCCGUCUACACAGACUAUGCCGUCAACACAGACCACGCCGACCACACAGACCACGCCGACCACACAGACCACGCCGUCUACACAGACUACGCCGUCUACCCAGACCACACCGUUUACACAGACCACGCCGACCACACAGACCACGCCGUCUACACAGACCACGCCGACCACACAGACAACGCCGACCACACAGACCACGCCGUCUACCCAGACCACGCCGGCCACAAAGACCACGCCGACCACACAGACCACGCUGUCUACACAGACCACGCCGCCUACACAGACCACGCUGACUACACAGACCACGCCGACCACACAAACCACGCCGUCUACACAGACCACGCCGUCUACACAGACCACGCCGUCUACACAGACCACAACGUCUACGCAGACCACGCCGUCUACACAGACCACGCCGACUACACAGACCACGCCGUCCACACAGACCACGCCGUCUACUCAGACCACGCCGUUUACACAGACCACGCCGACCACACAGACCACGCCGUCUACACAGACCACGCCGACCACACAGACCACGCCGACCACACAGACCACGUCGUCUACACAGUCCACGCCGACCACACAGACCACGCCUACCACACAGACCACGCCGUCUACACAGACCACGCCGACUACACAGACCACGCCGACCACACAGACCACGCCGUUUACCCAAACCACGCCGACCACACAUACGACGCCGUCUACACAGACCACGCCGUCUACCCAGACCACGCCGUCUACCCAGACCACGCCGUCUACACAGACCACGACGUCUACCCAGACCACGCCGUCAUCACAGACCACGCCGUCUACCCAAACCACUCCGACUACACAGACCACGCCGUCCACACAGACCACGCCGUCUACCCAGACCACGCCGACUACACAGACCACGCCGACCACACAGACCACGCCGACCACACAGACCACGCCGACCACACAGACCACGCCGUCUACCCAGACCACGCCGACUACACAGACCACGCCGACUACACAGACCACGCCGACUGCCCAGUCCACGCCGUCUACCACGCCGUCUACACAGACCACGCCGACUACACAGACCACGCCAUCUACACAGACCACGCCGACCACACAGACCACGGCGUCUUCACAGACCACGCCGUCUACACAGACCUCGCCGACUACACAGACAACGCCGACCACACAGACCACACCGUCUACACAGACCACGGCGUCUACACAGACCACGCCGUCUACACAGGCUACGCCGACGACACAGACCACGCCGACCACACAGACCACGCCGUAUACACAGACCACGCCGUCUACACAGACCACGCCGUCUACACAGACCACGCCGUCUACACUGACAACGCCGUCUACACAGACCACGCCGACUAACCAGUCCACGGCCACGGUAUCGACCACAGCAUCGGCGCAAUUAACUCCGGUAGCAACAGCGUCUGGUUCUGAAGUAGCAACCUUGCAAAUCACGACUGAUCCAUCAGUGUAUUCUAUUAAAACCAGUAGCCUUUUGAUGUACGUAUCAUCUAUUCUCUCUCUCAACGGCAGUGGUUUGACGAAUGACCCGACCAAACAGACACUUCUUGUCCAACAAUUCAGUGCAGAGAUGAACCAACGCUUGAGAAAUACACAUGGGUUUAGAGAGAUUCGUGUAACGCAAGUGAAUUAUCAGCACAGAAGAAAAAGAUCAACGUCGGAUACCAUUAUUGUUGUCCAUUAUGACAUGGUUUUGUCGGGUGGAUCAAACUUAAGCAAAGUAGUUACAAGUCUGCCAACGUUAGACAACCUUACACUUAUGAAUACGACAGUGAGAGUAAAAGACAGUCUACAGUCCGCUGUAAUGGAGGCGGAAACGAAACUUCAAAGCAACGUGUGUGCGGUAUAUCCGAGUGUGGAAAAGUGCAAAAUAGAAAGCUUUGAAUGCCAACUCUCAAAUCAGACGAUAACUUGCUACCAUAAGUGUCAUAACGACGAUAGAUGCGGCGCUAAUGGACAUUGCUACUUUGAUGAUCUUCAAAAGAAAAUUAUGUGCAGAUGCGAGGAGGACACUAGUGGGAGCCAUUACACAGGUAUGGACUGUAGCGUUGUGUCAUACAGGCUAGCUUUGCCACCGGGAGCCGUCAUCGGAAUCAGCGCCGGACUGGGCGGGGCUCUUCUGCUCGUGAUUAUUGUGCUGGUAGUUAGGUUGAUCAACAACCGAAAGGAGACCACCGGAAAAGAAGAAGUGUUAUCUGGCGUCGGUCGUGAGGGCGAGUCACAAUGGGAACUGAAGCAUUACGAUGACCCGUGGCAACAAAGACGGUUCGGAACAGACGCAAACAGCUUCGAUAAGAGACCAUACUUGGCGACGCAAGACAAUUUUGGAAAUCCGAUAUACAUGUACCGUCCUGACAACAGAAAUGAACAUCGUUUUUUGGAGCUCAAACCUGGAUCUUCUUUGGCCAACCUCAAUUUACCAGAAUCAAAGUUCGAGAUCAGUCGACCAAAGAUCAUCCUCCGUCGUUAAAAGGAUGACAAGAAAUAAUUGCUUAAACUAUAAACUCAAGAGUGCGUAUUUCGUGUAAAUAUGCCAUGCUAUCAUACUUUUACCAAUGUCUUAUUCAAAUUGACAUACUACUUUAUUUCAUUCUAAAUCAGAUUUAAUGUGUUAUUGUCGUCUGUUUAGGAAAACAAUUAUUUACACGUUCAAUGUAAGCGCCUUUGUUUGCAUAAAUUCAAUUUUAUUUGUUGAUGAGUUUUCAAUACGCUCAAUUAUGUUGUUCUGAUAGAUUCAACUUCAAAUGCUA